CCCCCCUCCCCUCCCCUCCCCUGGUUGGUCGUAUGUAAAUCCGGCCGGGACCGAGGCAGCAGCGGGUGAGGUUGGGGCUGGUGGCUCCUGCCUCGGUGGCGCACACACGAGGUGAGAUCUCUGCGCAGCUCGGAGCUGUCCCCUCCGCCGCGGUGCUGAACUGCUCUCCAACCCGGCCUCCUGCGUCCUCCUCUCCGGCGGGCUCCGCUGCACAGUCGCGUUACUGUAUUUAUUAUUGGUUUGUUUGUUUCGGGGAAAGGAUUUACCAGCAAACUUCUCUCCGUCCACACCGGGGAUUACACCGGACCGCGCGUGGAUCUGCCCGGAAUCGAGCGCGAAGCUCAUCUUUCAUUGAGUUAAGAAGUGUUGCUCCGACCAGCUCACUUCUGUUUGGAUUAUUCUCCUGGACGUUUAACAUCUGAAUUCACAGGGAAGGACCAAUGACGACAGCUCGAUGGUGGCCGGUCGCCUUCCUGCUGUUGGGGCUUGGCGUGCUCGGCGCCAGUGGGAGACCAAACAAGGAGGGGUUUGGGUCACCCCCAUAUCGACCAGUSAUGAAAUUCCGACACAAGGACGUCAUCCCUGAAAGUUUGAGAAUAAAGGAUUACUUGGGACAUCCCGGUUACCCUGGUCCAUGUGAACACAARUACUGUGGCUUGGGACGCCAUUGUGUGGUCGACCAUGGGAUGGACCAAGGGGAGUGCAGGUGCUUGGAUCACUGCAAACCACACUAUAAACCCGUGUGUGGUUCCGAUGGGAAGCUGUAUCAGAACCACUGUGAGCUCCACCGGGCCUCCUGCCUCAGCGGACACAGGAUUACCAUCAUGCACAGCGAGGAGUGCUUCUACAAAGGUGAUGACUGCAGAUUAAAUGAAUACCGUCGGCUGAAAACCAAGAUUUUGGAUUUGCAUGACAAGCGAUACAUGGGCGCCACCUUCCAUGGCACUCACAGGGACAGCAUGGCUGCUAAGAAGCAACUGGUGGAUUCAAUGUUCAAACGCUUCGACGCAGAUAACAGUGGACAAAUCGAUGCCAGCGAGCUCUCACAGGUCAUCAAGCAUGAAGGUUUUUCCAAGGAUAUCUCAGACUGCACGCUGUUCGACCUGCUGAAGUACAACGACGUSAACGACGACGAGCAUCUGACAAAGGAAGAGUUUUACACAGCCUUUGAUGUGUACCUGCUCAACCUUCCAGAGGAUCAGAAAGUCAGCAUCACCACCAUGACAGUCGGUCAGAGUGCGGUUUUGACUUGCUCCAUCACAGGGGAGCGGAGGCCUCCUAUUUUAUGGAAGAGAAACAAUCAAUAUCUGAACUCCCUGAACCUGGAAGACAUCAAUGAUUUUGGGGAUGAUGGCUCGUUGUACAUCACCAAGGUGACCACCACCCACAUGGGCAACUACACCUGCCAUGRUGACGGAUAUGAAAAACUCUUUCAGACGCACAUUCUUCAAGUAAACGUUCCGCCAGUCAUCCGAGUUCAUCCAGAGAGCCAAGCCAGGGAGCCGGGUGUGACCGCCAGCCUGCGCUGCCAUGCUGAGGGCAUCCCCAGUCCACAGCUGUCCUGGCUCAAGAAUGGCAUGGACAUUAAAAGCAAGCUGUCCAAACAACUCACCCUGCAAGCUAAUGGAAGUGAGGUGCACAUCAGCAACGUGCACUUUGAAGACACUGGGGCUUAUACCUGCAUCGCCAGAAAUGAGGCCGGUGUAGACGAGGACAUCUCGUCCCUGUUUGUGGAGGACUCGGCACGCAAAACCUUGGCAAACAUCUUGUGGCGUGAAGAAGGUCUUGGCAUCGGAAACAUGUUUUACGUGUUUUACGAAGAUGGGAUUAAAGUCAUUCAGCCCGUGGCGUGUGAGAUACAACGACACAUAAAGCCCAGCGAGAAGCUUCUGUCUCUCCAGGAGGUGGUGUGCCCCACCUCACCUGGAGAGACGGUUCAGAGGUGUGUGUGGUCAUCAGCUGUCAACAUCAAGGACAAAUUUAUUUAUGUGACACAGCCGACCUUGGACCGAGUGCUCAUCGUUGACAUCCAGUCUCAGAAAGCUGUUCAGACGGUCAGCACCGACCCUUAUCCUGUGAAGCUCCACUAUGACAAAUCCCARGACCAGGUCUGGGUGCUCAGCUGGGGCGACAUGGAGAAGAACUUCCCCACCCUGCAGGUGAUCCAUCAAGCCGGCGGAAGAGUCUCCCAUCACACCGUUCACACACAGCCGGUGGGCCGGCACUUCGACAGGGUGGAGGACUUCUUCAUCCCCACCUCCAGCCUCAUCAUUAACCAUGUCAGAUUUGGUCUCAUCCUUCAUCGAAAUGAACCUGUCCUCUACAAGAUCAACCUGGAGACCAUGUCUUACGUCAAAAACAUCAGUUUAUGGGAAUUUAACUGCAUUCCUAAGUCUGUAGCGUACACUCAUCUCGGUGGCUACUACUUCAUCGACUGCAAGCCGGACUCCACCGGCGCCUCGCAGCCCCAGCUCAUCUUAGACGAUGUUACGGACAGCGUGAUAGGGGAGAACGGCGACGUCACCGGCACGCCCUACGUGUCUCCAGACGGCCYCUAUCUGGUCACGGUGGACGACGACGAUGGCCUGAUGAGGAUCCAGACCAUCUCUGACCGGGGCAAAGUCCAGGAGCCCUUCGACAUCCACACCAACCUGCACCUGUCCGACCUGGCUUUCCAGCGCUCCUUCACGGAGAUCCACCAGUACAACGUGUUCGGCAGCUCGGGRCGUCAAACGGACGCGCUGUUUGUGGAGCUCAGCACCGGCAAAGUCAAGAUGAUCAAGAGCUUYAAAGAAGCCAUCAAGCCGUUCGACUGGCCAUGGAGCAGCAGGAACAGGGUUGUGGCGAGCAGCGGACUUUUUGGACAGUACCUCACGACGCCGUCCAGGGAGUCCCUCUUCAUCCUGGACGGACGGCUCAACAAGCUCAACUGUGAGAUCACAGACGUCCUCAAAGGCAAUGUGGUGGUUUGGGUUGGGGAUUCUUAGGUCAGGAGAUCAAGACCCAAUGAGCUUUGUUUUCCUUCAAAAAAGGUACUGUUGCACUAAAUUCUGUUGCAGGUUGUUUAAUUUUGUGAGAGCAAGAUAGCAAAAACCACAGACAAGAAACCAAAUUGAUUUGUUAGUUCGCUGAAUGAUAAAUGUCCUUGAUUUAAACUUUAAAAUGUGAGGGCAUAACUUAAAAACACCAUUUCUGAAAUAGUCUUACCAGGUUGUUUCCCUGACUUGCUUGGKAGUAGCAGUUUUUCAGGAAAUUGGUUUGAAUUUGUAAAUGUAUGCAUUGUGUGGGAACACUAGAUCUGACUUAAAACUGCAGCAAAUCGACAAAAACCUAUCUACGUAGUGCACUGUAUAUAAGUAUAUGGCCGGACUGAGUCUCGCGAUCAAAGUUCACCCAUCCCCAACURUUUGUUUCCCCCCGUGCCUUCAAGGAAAACCCCUCUAUCUGAAGAAUAAGCAUAAUUAUUCCCGGCGCACCUCUUUCUUUGACCCCCUCCAUUCAUGGUGAGCAUAGUUCCUCACGAAUGUGCUGCUCUCUUCUGUCCGUCCGUCGCAGCCGACUCGGUCUAAUUAAAACGAGCCCGUGCUGUGAUCUCAUCCUGUUUGAAGUGGAGACUGAGUGCUUCAUUAUGGUUGUGCGCUCCCGUCACCUUUGAUCCAAAAUUAUAACCAGCUCUGGAAGGUUUUAAAUGUAGAUUUUUUGUUUUGUUUUGUUUUUCUUUAGCAGAAAAGCCAGUUUGUGAUGAUAGUUAUGUUGUGCCGGCUUUAUUUACUAAAUUAAAAGUGUUCCAAAACAUUUCUUGUCAAUGGAUCUGAAGGAAAUCUGGUAAAACUUUAAAAAACAAAUCCCUGGACCAAACGACGACUCCUGUCGCUCAGUUUUGUAAACGCGCUUCAAGUGGGCGUUUUAAAUGUGAAGUAAUGAGGGGCUCGCACACUUGGCGRUGGGGUUGUGUAGUUGUUGUUCUGUGCAGAAAGUUGCUGAGCUUGAAUGCGAGAAGCAGCUCUUUCUAAAUGCUUCUACGGUAGAUUUGUAGCUCGAAAGACAUGGAAACUGUUUCCUGUUGGUCUCAUUUCUAUGCAUUUUUACCCACCGACUCCAGAUCACGACAGGCAGCUGGAUCUCCAGUUUAGUUUCAAGUUAUUCCGUCUUUCCUGUCGCAACUUUCUAACGUCAUUUGUUGUUUUCCACCUUUAAACRCGACGGUACUGCUGAUGAUGAAAUCUGACCUGUACAUAGCUGCUGAAAGUGGGUUCGUUCGUUUCUCGUCAACGUGCACACGCCGUUCAUUUUCUGACCACGCACUCCUUUUUAAGAAAGAAAAAACACACAACGGUCAUUUAGCUUCAUCCUGUACCUGAGCACAUUGUGAUCACAGCUUUCAGCUUCAUAUAUCCAUUUCCUGUAUGUUACUUUACGUGAUUGUUAUUUAUAUAGAGACAUUGCGCUUGUCAUUUUACUCAACAAUAAAAAAACUGAAAAGAAAAA